GGUAACACAAUUCGUCAGGACACCGGUGUGUGGCAACGAGGAGUUGACAGCUGGCAAAACCGAUCAACUAUAGGUUAGCUAGGCUACAUUCCUGCCGGGAUUUAAAUCAGUUUUUAUUAUUUUCUAAGAGAGUAGAUGCAAAUCUGUGUUAGCUGAGUUUGCUGGUGAUUAGUAUAGAAGCAGGUUAGCAGAAACAUUAGUAGUUAGUUGCCAGAUUCCCGUAGAAAACGACCAAACAUGUCGGAGGAGCUGUUUGGCCUGGAAGACCCGAGUAUGAAGAUGGAGGAGGACGGGGAGGGGGGUGGAGAAGAACAGAUACAUGCCGGUGUAUCAGGAGACGCUGAAGGAUCGAAGAUUGAUGCCAGUAAAAAUGAGGAGGAUGAAGGGAAGAUGUUUGUUGGAGGGUUGAGCUGGGACACAACAAAGAAGGACCUUAAAGAUUACUUCUCCAAGUUUGGGGAGGUUGUAGACUGCACUUUAAAACUAGAUCCUAUGACUGGACGAUCCAGAGGCUUUGGCUUUGUGCUGUUUAAAGAGGCUGAAAGCGUGGAAAAGGUAAUUCAGCAGAAAGAACACAAGCUUAAUGGUAAAGUCAUUGACCCGAAAAAAGCUAAAGCCAUGAAGUCCAAAGAGCCUGUGAAGAAGAUAUUUGUUGGUGGCCUUUCGCCAGAUACUCCUGAGGAGAAGAUCAGAGAGUAUUUUAAUGCGUAUGGAGAGGUAGAGUCAAUUGAGUUGCCAAUGGAAAACAAGACAAACAAAAGGCGUGGUUUCUGCUUCAUCACCUUCAAGGAAGAGGAGCCAGUAAAGAAAAUCAUGGAAAAGAAGUACCAUAACAUUGGCCUUAGCAAGUGUGAAAUCAAGGUAGCCAUGUCAAAGGAGCAGUACCAGCAGCAGCAGUGGGGUGGAAGAGGUGGAUACCCAUCCAGAGGUCGGGGGAGAGGGGGACCUAAUCAGAAUUGGAACCAGGGUUACGGCAAUUACUGGAAUCAAGGUUAUGGAAAUUACGGAAACUACGGCUACAACAAUCAAGGCUAUGGUGGAUACGGGGGCUAUGAUUACUCGGGUUACAACAACUACUACGGAUAUGGUGACUACAGCAACCAGCAGAGUGGCUACGGCAAAUCUCCAAGGCGAGGUGGCCACCAAAACAGUUACAAGCCGUACUAAUACAUAAACUCCAAAAAGUAGAUACAGGUAUGUUUUUUUUUAUAUUGUUUAUCACAAGCCAUCCUUAGCAGACAAUGUAUACUACAUUAACCUUUCUAUUUAACGUAUUUUGCUUAAUUUUGUUUUUCUUUAAAGUUUUUUACAGCACCCUCAAGUGCUUUACUGUAGUGGUAACAUAGAGACUUCAGUCUUUUGGCAAUAAUGUAACAGCUGGUUUUUGGCUGUUUCCUGACAUUUUUUUUGUAACAGUAAAAAAUAACAGGUACAGUACUGCUAAAUGGGUACCAGAAAAUAAGGAUUUACAACGAAAGAGAAAAAAAGAAGAAUGUUGUCUCCUAACUCUGACCUUGUUUGUACCUGCCAGCGGGGACUUCCUUGCAGGCCAUGAGCUGACCUCCCGAUUCUCUCAGGCCCGCUCAAUGCGGACAGGGUACGAGAGGCGUACGCUCUCGAAUGCUCCCAUUUGGUAUGGUCUUCCAACAUCCUGUAUAUGAAUUGUCAAAAAAAUCAAAGAAAAAAAAAAUACGUAACGGAUACUUCCAGCUUCUCCAUCUCUUUUAUUGUGUUCCUUUUUAAAAAUCUCAUUGGAUUUGUUUUAUGUAAUUCAGUCUAUUUUUGUAAUUUUAUAAUGCCAUUUUUUACAGGCACAUCAAGUAAUGGUUAAAUACAUCAACAGUCUUAAAAUUUUAUUAUUAAUAAUAAUAUUUGUUUACUUUUCAAAGGAUACAGCCUUCUCUGGACUUUCCAGUGUUAAUAUAUGCACUUCUAAUCAAAUCUAAUCUAAUCUUACCUGUAAUGCUUGCUUUUCCUUAUUUAUAGCUCGUGUAGCAGUAAUACCCAGUAGUCCAUGAGCUAAAACCUGGUUUUACUUGGACACCACUACGUCGGAGAAGUGCUUAAUUUUUUCGUAUUUGUAUUGUGUGUUGUUCUACUGACAGCGUUGAAAAUUUUUCAUUUGUAAACAAUGUUAAUUUCACCUAACAAAUUCUCUUUUUUUAAUCGUUGCAAAACUUGGGGGAAAAGAUGGCGCCAGAAAGUUGCAUGUAAUGUUUCUGUUAUUGUGAUUUUUUUUUAUAAACCACUGAAGACAUUUAUGUUCUUCAUAUUAUGUGAAUGGCUUUAAUCUUAAUUUUACAUUUUAAGAUUAUAAAAAUUUCUCUCAAAGGGGAUUUCUAAGUUAUUGUAUUUUACAUUAUUUAGAAUUUUGGAGUUCUUGAACAUUUUAGAGGAUAUUUGCUUCUUGCACGUUUUUGAAUUUGAUUAGUAUUUUUUUCUCUCCUGUCUUUCAGGUGGGGCAGUGUGGUUCGAGGAGAACGUUGAUGGAGUAUAUCGUAGUCAAGUCAAGGCUAAUAUUUAUAAUGGAGUGUUAAUGAAAGGACAAAAACAAAGGUCUUCAUUUUAACCGCAGCUACUGGCCACGCCCAGUAGAGCUUGUCUUUGCCAGAUGUUUGAUAAAGGUGGAUAUUAUUGAUGAACAAAACAGUAACACACCCUAAGACAGUGUAACACGCUUUGCUGUAGUCAAAAACCUAUUCUUGUUUUGUGUUAAGUUUAUAUGCUAAGCUCUGUUUAUGUUUGUGGAUCUAAACUUGUGUAAGUGUUGUGCUACUGCUUCAUGAACAGCAAAUCAUUUGUAAUUUUCUAAAGUGAGUAUUUAUUAGAAAAAAAUGAGUACAGAUGUCGUAUAGUAAUAAUAAUAUUAUUAUUAUUAAUUUCAAAUAGGCUUACAGAAUAGCAUAAACUAUUGAGAGAUGCAAUGGACGAAAUAAUAAAAUGUGUAUGUGAAAUAAGUUUCUUCCUUGUGAGCAUUCCACACUCUCUUUAUUGCCAGUGUUAUCAUCUGUUGUCUUACAUGAUGAACAGUAUUUACAAGCCAGUCAGUAUUUCCUGGGGUAAACAUCAGUUUAGUUAAAGUCUUGUCCAAAUUCAAAGAAAGACAGGAAUGCAAGCUUUAAUUUCAUUUCAUUUGGAGUGAGACAUUGGAAUAUACAAGCUAACUAUUACAAUAUAUUUACUUCAUAAAAUAAAUGGUAUAAAAUGCAAAGUCCAAAAUGAAAUAAUAAAAAAAAUACAAUCAAAAACUUCCUUCUUUCAUUUUUUUUCUUAGGAAGUGACUUGGAAUGAAUCACCUAUAAUAACAAGUUACAGCUAUACAGGUUUCAAAGGUCUGGAGGAAGCUAUCUAUAGGUAACAAUUAACUUCAGCAGUGUAAUCUCCAAUUUUGUAGUGUCUGAUGGAACUCAAGAACAGAAACAUUGAUUUGUGAUUUACUUUAUCUGCAAAUAAAGGUGAUAUAAACUCACAGUGCUUAGUCUCAAAGUAAAUAAUUCUAUAAAAGGGAGUGGAAUUUUGUAUAUAUACAAUUGUUUUUACAGAAAGUACGUUUUUAUAUCAGUUAUAUUUACAUCACGCAUUACGUUUCAUUUCAUGUGAAAUUGAAAAUGUGGAAACAAAACAAUUGAAAAAAUUAAGACCUAUUAACAAAAAAAACAAGAACAUAUAAAUAUAAGCUGCAGUCUGCUUCAUGUGUUUCUCCUCAAUAAGGAAACAGGAAAGGGUGAUUAUGUUAUGAGGGAAUCACUCCUGUUGCCAGAAGAAUGAUCAGCACGACAAUGAUAAGCACUAUCACUCCGAUUAUAAUCAUCAUCUUCAUAUUUUUCCACCAGAACUUUCUGGAAACCCUCGCCGAUGUCCUUUGGAAAGAGUCAGCCUGGUAGAGAGUGUAUACACAUACAAUUAUAGAAGGAAAGUGAUGCAAGUGAUGAUAAUGUACACGACAGUAGCUAAAUAACAAUCACUUCUACUGAUCACUGAGUGUGUUUACAUGCACUUCAUAAUAUGAUUAUUGUAAGCUUUUUUGAGUCGUCAUGAUAGACAUAUUCUGAUUUCUCAACCCUUUAACAUCCUUGUGAAAAACAGCAAUAGAAUAUUUACAGUUUUUUUGUUUUUUUUUUUGUUUAGGGGCAAUAAUAAAAAAAUCAAAAGAUAUAUUUUUUCUAACAUCAAUCUGAGAUGGCACAAUCAGGUUGAUUUAAGAUCAACACCUUCUUAAUAAAAUAGAGUGACUCAAAUGUGGUCUGAGCACAUUGAGCAAAAAUGUAUAGGGUUGAGUCGGAGUAAAGUCUGAAAAUCGGAUGAAUAAAUUUCAUAAGGCGAGCGUUUUCAUGCUAGCCCUUUUUUUCCGGACCUGGGUGCGCUUUCUCGGCAGGUUUGGUAAGUUUGGUGAAGUGUGAAAGUUGCUUUCGAAUCUGGGAGCGUUCCGGAGUACUGAUCCCGGGUCUUCCUAAAAUCGGUAGUCUAGGGAUCGCCUGGGUUAUUUCUGUUAUUUCCCUUUCCAUCAGUGUAAUAAUACUUAAUACCUAAUAAAUCCAUACUGUGACAGGGCAGAAGCGAUGGUACUGUAAUAAUCCCACAUUUGUGUAUUGAUUUUGGCCUGCAUAGAUAAACUUUUUUAAUAUGUGGAUGGAUGCUUGUCUAGAGGAGCUCCUGCAUGAUGGAAUGUCAUGCACCCCAAAAGCUCUGUUCCUCGCCACUCAAGUAUUUUUAUACAAAAGCGGUCAUCCACCAAAGCGUUUAUAAAACUACACAAAGAAAAAUGAGGUACAGAAUUACGCAAUUGAUUCACAGUUUGGAAAAAGUUUGCGUGUGUGAAAACAAACCAGAGAGAAUGAGAUCCUCCCCCAAACAAUCCCCAAGUCUGUCCUUUGGGAAUAGUGUGAAAACGCCCUCAAUCUUCUAGCUGAUGUAUGUUCAUAUUGCAGCUUGAUGUCUUACAAAAGCCACACCAUGAAGUUAUACAUGACAUCUAGUCUUAUUCUGUGAGUUUAUUGAAUGAUUGCAAAAAAAACCCCAAAUAUUUACUUACUCCUGUAAACUCUGGAGUAACCAGAUUAUGAAGUGCUUGUAAAUCGUGUACACAUGUAAACAACCUGUCGAGCCAUUUUUACAAACAAUAUUGUGUACUGUGGUAAGCAAAAUGGUGAACAUUUUAUUAUUUCUAAAUAUUUUAAGAUGUUUUUAUUAUACACAAUAUGUAUUGACAUAUAUUGACAAAAU